CGGGGCCGGAAGUGAGGAAGGAGGGAGGCAGGGAAGGAGGGGGAGGGAGGCGUCCGUGAGGAACUUUUUCCGUCAGCUGGGCGAGGGAAGGAGGGAGGGAGGGAGAAGGUCCUCUCGAGGGGCGGCAGGAGCAGCAGCGAGGCUGAGCGGCGGCGCCCCUCUCCGGGGGCGAAAGGGCCACGGAGCCCAGGAUGGAGUUCCGCGAUAUCCUGAUGGUGGCGUCGGAGCAGCAGGGGCUGAGCGCAGUGCCGGUGAGGGCUGGCGGGGGCGCGAGGGAGGGAGGCGAAAGGACGGUUGGCGGCGGGGAAGAGCCGACGGCGAGCGCCUCUCGCCGAACCGGCUGCGGCCCGUCGCUUCCCUUCUGGGUCCCUCUCUCUUUGCUCUCCUCGAAGCGGACUUUCUUCUGAGUCGAGUCUUCUCGGGCUCUUCUUUCGGUCUCUCUCGCUCCCAGCCGCGCGUACAUCCCGGGUGUUCCGUGCGCGCUACUUGCUCAGCUUUUGUGUUGCUAAUCUGUUGCUCGCUCAGCUGCCGGCGCCCGGCGAGAGGAGCCUGUUCGGCGAGGUGUCACCGGCGCGGGGGGGGGGGGGAUGCUUUUAUCAAAUGCAUUUCUCGCUUGAGUCACAGAAAGAUGCCUUUGUUCAAAAGCUGCUGCUGCUGCUGCUUUUUUCUUUUCCUUUUUUUCCGGAUAGCGAACACUUGACUUCAAAUCCCGACCCUUUCCUUUUUUUGUAAUCGCAAAAAAUAACUUUAAAACUUUAGAAAACGAGACCAAAAAGUUGGUUUGCAGUUACCUCUACAUAUGCUAGGUUGCUAACCUUAAAAUCGUUUUGCAGUUGAUCUGAAGCUUGGCCUAAAAACGUAGGGCUAAUGUUUGCAUUGAGGUUGUACAAUGUCCAAGCAGGAUGUGAGGGUACAGGGAACUUUUUGGAUGCCGACCCCAUCACUUCUUUUUCUUUUUUAAAAUUAUUUUGACAAAGUAAUAAUCAUAAAUAGAAAUGUGCAUCCCACCACCGAGAUUAUUCCAUUGUAGCUAUACAACCUCCCAAAAUUUCAACACCUCUUACAAUGGUUUGACCCCUUUCUGUUUGAACAGUACAAAUUCUACAAACACCCUCCAUAUCUCCUCAAAAUCCUUUCUCCUGCAUAUUUCCCAUCUUACCUUAAUGGCACAUGUUAAUUUAUCAUUAAUAGCUAUAUCCCACUCCUCUUUAUAUCAACUUCAAUUCUUAAAGGGAUUUAUCUGGCUUAUACUUUCUAAGCGAGCUUCUCCAGGCUUUGAAGAUGUGCAGCAGGGUUUUCUGGGUGUAACAACAGCAGCAAAAGCCAGCCUAAGCAUGCCUACAAAUGGAUAUAUAGAUUUGUUGUAUCAUUGAAUGGCUGUAUGAGAAUUACAGUUAGCAAGGAAGUACUAAAUGAAAGAGUUCUUAGGAUCAUGGUGAUCAUUGCAUGUUCUUCUGGUAAAAGGUGUAAGAUAUUUGAUAAAGCAAAGUUUAUUUAAAAAAAAGCUUCAGGUGUUACAAAAACUGGCAACAUAAUAUUAGUAUUAUGUAGCAUUUGUUAAGGGUAGGUAGCUACUGGGUUACAAAGGAGCUUACAGUGGUACUUCUGGCUAUGAACGCUCCUGGUUACCCAUGCUUCGGGUUACGAGCUCCGCUAACCCGGAAGCAGUUGCUCCUGGUUGUGAACUUUGCCCCAGGAUGCGAGGGGAAGUCACGGAUAAGAACGGUUUCAGCUUAAGAAUGGACCUCCGGAACGAAUUCAGUUUGUAACCAGAGGUACCACUGUAUUGACAUUUUCUUUCUUCCUUUUCCUGAAGAAGCAUGUUGGGAAGAAUAUCCUGAGAGUUAUGCCACCUUUUUUAGUAUCUUAAAAUUUGGUAUCAAAUAUUUUCUCAAAUACUGGGUCAUGAUAAUCUUUUGGAAGCUGUUAGUAAAGUUCUGGUAAGAGACAGUGCCUUUAAUUUUUUCUUUCUCUCUCCCUCUACUCAUAUAAUUAAUCCAAUGCAGCAUUAAAUAGAAUAGAUUAAGCUUGGUCCAGUGCACCACGGGCAUAGUAGUGGGCAUGAAGGAUUUCCUAUUUGUCAGAGGUUCUCAGGCUUUUUAUCCUCAGGGCCCUCUGGAGAUGGCUUCAAAUUACACUGAGAUCCACUAAUCACAAAAUGGUGGUUCAGAUGUAGAGCCAGUAACACAGUGGUGGCAGACAGAGGCAGAGUUUGGCAUAACCAGCUGGCGGUUACUGACAUCACUUUCUACUGAUAUCUGAUCCACCUUCAGAAAUUACUAAAUUAUUUGCCACAGUAUUUUCCUUGUGGCAGGGAGUUUCAUAGCUCAGCUUUCCUCAGGCUAAGUACAUACAUUUGCUCAGCCUCCCCAUUUUAAGCAAAGUGUGCUUAUCCAGAGGCUGUAAGUAGAGAAAGCCUGUUCAUUUAUAUUUUUCCCUUCCGGCCCCCCACCAAUGCCUCUCAAAGUGUUUGUAACCAUCUGCUGUAUUCCCUUCCCUCCAUGCCAAACUCCCAAUAUUUUUUAUCCCACCUUCCUGAUCCUUUUAUAUUCACACCUUUUAUAUCAGCUUCUCUCAUCCUCUUCUUUUCUUUUCCUAGUUUAUGUAUUAUUAGUUCAUUUAUUUAUUACCAUAAAAAUGAAACUUUUAUUUCCAUUUCUAAUUUCCAUCAAAGCUUACCCUGGUCCUUUCCUCUCAGAGAAGGGAGGGAUUGCCUCGCUUCUCUCUCUCUCAACUUAUUUCCUGGACACCAGAGUGCAAGAAGUUGCUGAUAUAGUCAUUGGUCCAAUCAAAAGUCUGAUCACAUGGUUAGGAAACUGGGCAGGUAUUUGAGGAGGCUCUGGACAGGCUGUGGCACUGAGGCCAACCUCAGAGUGGCCCAAGACCCACUGGUAUGCACCCAGCCUUCUGUUUGAGGGAGCCUGCCCUAGACUAGAGCAUAACAGAGCUCUGUUCUCCCUAUGGAGUUAGAGGGAGCAGACCAUUGUCCCUUCAUCACUCUUCCUUGGUCAAGUGGAGUGGGACAGAGAGGACUGGCUAGAGAUUUUGGAGUUAAUGGACUGGCAUGGUGACAGCCCCAUUAUAUGCUGUGGAGGAUGGAGGGAACAGGGCUUUGUUAUAACCUUUGGAGACUUUUAUGUGAUGCUACAUCCUCAGGGGAUGGACCAAGCCCAAGGUAUAUUUUCUAUGAGUAGACAGCAUGAUGAUUUAAAUGCCUAUUGCAGGUCUUUUUAUUUAGUCCAUGUCUUGAUUUUAAUUCUCCAGGAAAACACGCAAGUCUCAGUCUAACGAAAAAACGUUCUUCUCUUUGUAUCUCAUUAAUAGGGUCAGUUGAAAUAUUUAUUCUAAUGUCCCAAACCUUUACCAGUGCUGGGUUGCUGUGGUUUCCUCAAAUAGUGUGCAGCUAUAAUCUUUGCUGACGUAGGAAAGAUGAUGUAUUAGCAAUUCUAAUUUAAAUGCCUUGCAGGCAAAUCAAUGCAUGCUUACUUUGAAAUAAAUUCCACUUAAAUCAGUGGGGCCUACUGUCAAGUAAGUGCUCAUAGGAUUGCAGUCUUAGACAAAAACUGGAUACAGAAAAAAGGCCGGGCAGCAAAUAUAUCCUGGACACCCUUAGCACAGUUGCACCAAAUAGCUGUUCAAUAUGCAUGUCUACUACACAUGUAAAAAAAAGUUUCUUUUAACUUCUCCAUACAACCAAAAAAACCACCAUUCCAAUUCUUAUACUUGACCUUCAGUUUUCAAAGUAGGUUGUAUAUAGGUUGUAUAUUUUUUUAGCCAUAACAUCCCCCCCCCGCCAGCUGGAGACUGCUCUUCUAGAUCAGAGGUGGAUAACCUGUGGCCUUUCAAGUCUUGUUGGGCCACAACUUCCAUCAUUAGCCAGGCUGAUGGGAGUGGGGAGUCCCAUUGCUUGGAGAGUCACAGGUUUGACAACCCUGUCACAGAUGCUUUCAGGUCUCUUUUCACAUAAAUCUUUUAUGAAUAGUUCAUUUUCAGCAAUGCCUUCUUCUGUUUUAGUAAUCUGAAAGUUUGGGCCGCUCUUCAAUUUAAAAUAGAUUAAAUAGAAAUUUGAGUCUUGUAAGUGCUCCUGAAUACAAUACAGAUUUCAACAUUUACUAGAUGAAAGGACAGCUGCAAGUGCGAAGGGUUGGUUGUCAGAGAAAGAGAGAAAUUGGUGUUCUUCUUGGGAACCCUGACACAAAACAAAGAAAUAGAUGCCCCUCAGGGUCCCUUCUGACUCUACAGUUCUAUGCAAAAUAGGCUUCAGGUGAAACUAGGCAUGGGGACAGUCCCCUAGAAAUCAAGGAAUGACUGCAACUUGAUACAGAAAGCAUUCUUAUAUACUUCUGUGCUACAUGUUUGAUCACUAUUAGCCAAUCAUGUGGCUGCAAUAAAACUUUCUAUAAUAGUUACAUCCCACUGUUGUCUAAACCGGUCAGAAAUCUCUUAGAUACCUUGAGCCCUCCCCAACCUUCUCAUUAUAACAAUAUUCAUCAAUGUCCAUCUAUAUUAAUUACCUUAUUUAUUAGCUGUCCACCAACAUCUGCUUUCAUUUAUUUUGUGAUUAAUACAUCCAUUCUUAUAUAUUGAUAUAAUAUUAAUUGCAAUCGUUCUGCCUAGCCAGUCUCCCUUCAGCAUUGCUAUGGCAAUUGACCACCUUGAAUUCUUUCAGUGUCAGGACACUGGCUGCUGCUUGUUCCUUCCUAAAAGCAAGUGAGUUUUUUUUCCUAACGAGAAGGGUUAGUAAAAGUUCAUGCAGCUUUUGCUAGGCUACAAUAUAUCAGGAAAAUGGAGUCUAAGCUACUAAAAGAGAUUUAAUGAAAGCAAGAAACUACCGUAUAGAUUCCAAAUAGGACAAGUAAAUGGAGUUUUCGCUUUCAAGAGAACAUAUUAUAUGUUUUGAAGAAGCUAUCAGUAAAGUUCAUGUUUUAUUAAAUGUGUAUUGCCAGUGUGUGUGGAUCAUGAUCUCUUCAUGGGAAAAGUGAUUUAAUCAAUGAAAAGGAAUCACAAUUCACAACAGGGGUGGGGCACCUGUGGCUUUCCAGGUGUUAUUGGACUCAUCCUCCUAUCUGACCCAGCCAACAUAACCAUAGUUCGAGAUGGUAGGAAUUGUAUUCCAUGAAUAUCUGGAGGGCCACAGGUUCCCCACAUCUGAUUUAGAAAUAUAAUUCCUGAAAGUGUAUUUCUCUUAAAGAGCUUGUGCUGAAUGAAAGCUCAGAAAUGAUUAAUAAAAUCUUGAGCAUUUACUACAAUUUUAUCUUUAUUGUUGACUUUGGGAAGUUCAUCUCUUCCUGUAAGCUAGCAGAGUUAGUUAACAUUUGCUUUCCUGUGGUUGCGGUCCUAGGCAACAUUGAACAGCAUUCAGAGGUUCCUUUCCUCUGACAGGAAGUCUGUUCCUCCAGCAGAAAUAAUCUUUCUGUUCAAAUUAUCUUCCAUUGGAAGAGAAGCAUUGGAUCCAGCCCAUUAACUUUGAAAGUCUUACUUAUUUUACAUCUGAGUAAACAUGACUAGGAUUGGACUAUUAAAAUGUAUGUAUUAAGUUUUCCUGAAGGUAAUUUCAGAUUUGAGACACUUUAAAAACCAUUAUCAAGUAGUAAGCAGUUACUGAAAUGUUACUGCUAAGAAGGAUUUUAGGCUAAAACUAUUCUUUGCUAGAUAGUGAAUAAGCACAUUCAUGAUCAUUUAUAUGAGAAAUAGAAGCAAUAAUGUAUUGCAUCAUGUCUCGCUAAAAUUAUAGAGCUGUUAGUUCAUCUCCCUUAGGGAAAACCAUGCUAAGCAAUAAUUAGCUGUUUUCAAAAUGAAGUGACUAUUGGGCUUAGUAAUGCUUCCACUGAUAGCUCAGUUGUUGCUAUAGAUAACUCAAGAUCUGACCCAAGUAUGUAAAUAUCUAUUAACUUGAUUUAAAAAGUAGUCCUUGUUAUUGUUCAACAGUAACACAUAGGGUCUGUGUAGCGUAGGGAAUGAAUCUGGCCAAAGGCAAUGUGAUAGUAUAAGAUAAAAAGAGAAAGUAUUUUCAAAGUUUGAAUUAUAACAUUUAGAAUUUCUACAUGAUUUUGUCUUCUUGUUAAGCUGUAGUUUCAGAAAUAGCAUUGGGAUCUUCAAAUAAAGGGCUACUGCAUUCUUGUUAUUUUAUUUUUUAGCUUCACAGCGACUCUGUGGAGUGGGUCGUAUUUCAAUAUCUGGCUCAGUCAGGGUUGUGAGAUUUCUUCAUUGUACUUAUGACAACUGCCUACUUCUGUCAAAGUAACUUAAAGAAAAACCAGGUGGUGGUUUCACUCUUAGUUUGGAGAGGGCAGUGUUUUAAAAGACACCUGCUCUCUUUUAAAGAGGGGAUAAAUGCUAAUUUUGGAGCUAACAUAGUUUUGAAUCAUUUUCACCAAUAUUUCAAGGCAUGGAGGGUGUAAUCAAGUUUUACAAAAUGAACUUUUAAAGGCUUUUGUGGUUUUCAAUUUCAGUUAUUGCUUAAAUGCUGUGUAACAACAGCCAUCUGCAGCUUGCAUAUUGCUACAGCUUUCAACCCUACAGUUGCCAUCUGGAGGUGCUCAGAAAAGGAUAAUCAGUGUUUUAAAAAGCACACCAGGAGAGUUUGACCUGUGCUUUUCGCCACUGCGGACAAAUCUUUGUAUAAAGCUGGUACUUUUAUCAAACAAUGAGAAUGGAAUGUUACUGCCUGUCUAGCUUGUUCACUGAGUUGUUGGAGAGAACUUGUAGCUGCAGUAGACUUUUAUACCUCAUACAAGCUAUGUGUUGUAUAAAGUCUUGUAUUAAAGUAUUUGUUUUAGUGUUCCUUAUUUCAUUGAGAAGAAAUAUCAAUAUAUUCUAAAUUGGUAAUUAUAAACAUACCACACACACACACACACACAGUUACAGGUAGGUAGUCAGUCGUGUUGGUCUGCUGUAGUUGAAACAAAAUUUAAAAAAUCCUUCCCGUAGCACCUUAGAGACCAACUUGGUAUGUUAUUGGUAUGAGCUUUCGUGUGCAUGCACGCUUCUUCAAAUACAAAGAAGAUUGGUAUCUGAAGAAGUGUGCAUCACAUAAAAGCUCAUACCAAUAACAAACUUAGUUGGUCUCUAAGGUGCUACUGGAAGGAAUAUAUAUAUAUAUAACAUAGCUUUUUUUCUUAUACAGCUAAAGAAGUAAUUACAAUUAAAUCUGACCAUGUUUAAACACUCCCCCCAAAUAAAUCACAAAUUAAGUACAAAAACUCUUACUUGCAUAAGCACUGAGACAGCUUUUUGAAUAAAAUAUAGCCUGUAUCGUGUUAUAUCUAUGCUCUUCUGAUAUUGUUAUACUGCAAUUUCCAUUAGCUCCAACCAACAUAGCCAGUGGGCUGAGAUGAUGUCAUUCAAAAUGUUGUGUUAAGAUGGUUUAUGACGUAUUGUGGCAUGUGGUUGUGGCCAGUGCUAAGCACCUUAAACACCGCUGAAAUCAAUUGCUGAAAAGGCUUUUAUUGUUAAAUUGCCCAAAGUCCCCAACCUGUUGUGUACAGUAGCUAGAAACCUAGAGCCUUCAAGAUUGGUGUGUGGUUCUGACAUUUUGUCUCUUUUCAGAAAAGAUACAGUUUGGCAGUAGGCCCUCCCAAAAAGGAUCCAAAAGUGAAAGGUGUUCAGUCAGCAGCUGUGAGAGCUUUCCUCAAGCGGCAAGAAGAGGAACAAAGGAAAAAGGGUAUAUUUUUAAAUUAUCUUUCUCCUCCCAAGAGCCACUGUCACUUAUUUUUGGUGAUAACUGUCUUCUGUUUCUUUUUGAAUAUUGUUGCCAUAGUUCCCUCAUUUUUGGAUGUGCAUUGGCUUCUAUAAUCCUCUGAAAGCAGUGGCAAAACUUAAAAAGUUGGUUCAUUUCCUCCCCUCUGUUCUGCAUUUAGAACUGGAUUCAGAUUACUGAAGCCAAUGCAAGGACUUCUGCGAGCACAACAAGGCUUCCCACCUUCCCUAUCAAUAUCUCUGGGGUAGUACAGCAUGCAGUGAGCAGGGAGAGGGGGAGAUCAUUCCAUCAGGCAAGCAGGAAUUCCAUCAAUGCUGCUGGGUUGUUUGGAACAUCAGAGUGUUGAAUUCCUCUCAGUUUGUACAAUAGCUAGAAACUACAACAUCACAGAGAUCGGUGCAUAGUUUUGACACCUUGUUCUUUCAAAGCAAGUUUUAUUUAACAGGCUUUUUGACAAAUUCCAGAAGAUACUGGACAGAACUGCUCUUUGAAAGUCCUCCUCAGUUUUGCAAGCAGUUGCCCAUGUUCAGUGGGGAGCUGCUGCCUGAGAAACCCAAACCCACAACCUCCUGGGUGUGCUGAAUUAAUUGUGCAGUUCUUUAGAUCUCAGUCAGCCCUUGUGUUUAAAGUGGAGCUCUUAAUUAAAAUUCUGCUGUGUUAUUUCCAAGGGUAGCUUUUAUGUUCCAUGUCUGCUAUUUGAUUGCUUAGAUAGUUUGUAGUCAGAAUGUAAACUCUGAGCAUGAACUUUACUAGCCAUUGCAGUUUUUCAAGCUAUCCCAAGAUUUUUCAAGCGCAAAAAAUAUUUUACAUAGGGACUUUCCUUCUUUUACAGCCAUUGAAGAAAAAAGAAGAAAAGAAGAACUUCUCGCUAAACGUGUAGAACUGAAGCAUGACCGAAAAGCAAGAGCUAUGGCUUCACGGACGAAGGACAAUUUCCGUGGCUAUAAUGGCAUUCCUGUUGAAGAGAAGCCUAAAAAGAGGCAAGGCCGUGAAAACAGUUCUGAAGGGAACACAGAAGGAGGUGAAUGCAUGACAGGUGAUGAAAUGGAGCAAUUUGAAUAUGAUCAGACAGAAUCGGAGCAUGAAUUGGAAGAAUAUGAAGAAAAGCCAUCCAAAGCACCAGUGAAACCAAAGGCGCCUCCCAAAAGCGCACCUCCAACACUGAACUUUAGGGACCUUUUAAAGCUGGCUGAAAAGAAACAGUAUGAGCCAGUUGAAAUAAAAGUUCCUCUGAAAAAGACAGAGGAAAGACCCAUGACAGCGGAAGAACUGAGAGAGCGAGAAUACUUAGAGCGGAAACACAAAAAGGGGGUUAUACUAAAAGAGAAAAAAGUUGGGAAAGAAAUAAAACAGGUCACUAUAUCAAAUUCUUCCAAGAAGGAAUUUUCACAGAAGGAGCUCAUAAAUGCUAAACCUAGUAAGCAUUCAGCGGACAAACAUUCCUUGUCGAAAGGAAGCCUUUCCUCUCAAAGUAGUACUGACAAGAAAUCCAAGGGACCAGCUUUAAAUGAAAAGCAUUUGAAGUUGUCAUCUGCCUCCAAACCCAACCCUUCUGAGAAAGCAAAACCUACACAUAAGGUCCCUUUGAAAAGCCCAUCGAACAGCAGUCAAAUUAAACCAGCAUCUAAUGGGGGUGGGAAAUCUGGACCUAACUCUCAUACCCCAACUUUGAAAACGGCUGCAAAUGGAAUUCUCAGGCAUCCAUCUGCUAAAGAAAUUGGUCUGAAAAAAACUACUAGCCAAACAAAACCAUCUGGUGUGGCUCCUUCCCAGCAUGAAGGUGUUAAAAAUGUCAGCUCCAAGCAAGCAAGCCGCAAUUCAGGCGCAGGAGGACCUCUUCCACGAGCAAAGAGCAGCUUGAGUACAGGUCCAGGUCGGCCAAGCAGCAGUUUGAUUGUUGGACGUGGACCACAGGGCAAUAGUUCAGGCAUGGGACCUGGACGAUUAGGUGGCGGCUCGGGAUCAGGGCAACGAAGCAGCAGCUCAAGUGCGGGACUUGUACGGCCAGGCAGUAACUUAGGUGUGGGAUCUAGCAGACCAGGCAACAGUUCAGGACCAGUGCGUUCUGGAAGUAGUCAAAACAUAGGACCCGGGCGGCCAAAUAGUCUAAAUGCAGGACCGGCAAGAGGUAGUAACUCAGGAUUGGGACCCGGCCGGCCAAACACCACUUCAGUUGGAACUCUGAAACCAAAGUGUACGGUUGUAUCAGAAACGAUCUCUUCUAAAAAUCUGGUACCACGACAAGGUAGCGGACAAAUGAAUGGGAUGAGGCCAUUUCCACAGCAAAGACCCAGGAUCCCCCCACAAGGUAUCUUUAAAGUUUGAGUUUAUGAAUAAUUUGAUAUGUACUCUUUGUUUCAUUCAUACAUUUGUUGUCUCACUGUAUCUGUUGGGACUUGGAGUUGCAUGUCUUCCAAUCUAGUGCAUGUUAGUUGAAUGUGAGUUCCAUUGAGUUCAGUGGUAGUACAGUACUCCGAGAAUUUGUAUAGGAUCUCAUUCUACCAUGAACUUUGUAAACAAAAAAAGCAAAGCAAAGCAUGGACUGUUUUUAAAACUACUUUGCAGAUUUGAUUGCUCCUCACAAACAUACGUAUGGUAGAGUGUAGGAAACCUUAGAUAAAUUUUAUGGUCUUGUUAACGUCAGGUACAUUUAUGUGAUUUCUGGCUUCUACAAGUUCAAGCAAAUUCAGUGUGAGCAGGAAAGGCUGUAACAAAGAUAUUGUGACAAAGAUAUAAUUCCAUGAUUGAUUUAAGGGUAAGAAGCUCCCUUGAUCUGAAGCACAGGAAUCACUCCAGUUGGGCGAGGGCAGAGUUGAGCUUUAUUUUUCUUGGAGCACUCCUUUGCCAAGGCAGACAGGAUUUCAACUUAAUCUUUGCAGCAGUCAGUAGCCCUUACUCUCCCAUAACAAAGGUUCUCUUAUUCUAGAUUAGCUUGCUGCAACUCCAGUGCUUGUACUGUAUGAAGAAGCGAUGUCAACCAUUUUGGAGAGGGAGAUGGUGCUGGAAUGCUGUAGAUGUACACAGAUAACGCUUUGCUGCUAAGCACAAAUCAUCCUUCGCCUUGCCCUGCUUUUCCAAAUCUGGGCCUAACAUGUCAAGCAGAUGGAAUUAAGUGCAGAUUUUGUGUUCUAGUGUAGAGAAACUGCAUGGGAAUUAUCCCCUCCCCCCAAAUAAUACUGGGCAAUUCAACUAACCUGAUUGUUGGAAGAUUCAGGACAGAUAAAAGAGAACUACUGCAUACAGCACAUACCGGUACUUUAACUAUGAAAUUCAUUUCUAUAAGAUGUGAUGGCCACCGUCUUAGAUAUGCUGAAAAGUGAACUGGAAGCAUUAAUGGAGGAUAGGGCUUGCCAUGGUGUUCUACCACCACUGUUGGAAGUCUGAAUCCCAGUUGCUGAGAAUCACAAGUGAGGAGAGUUCGGUUGCACUCAGGUCCUGCUUGCAAACUUUCUAUAAGCAUCUGGUUGGUCACCGUGAGAACAGGGUGUUGGACCAGUUGGGCCUUUAGCCUGGUCCAGCCGGACUCUAUGUCUUUGCGUCUGGUACAUAAUAAUCUGUCUGGUACAUAAUAAGCUACCUAAUAACGCUUGAAGCAAUAGGCCUAGUAAACACACACCAUUUAGUAUUCUUAUUAUGAGGAGGAUUUCAGAUUUGUAUUCCAAGAGUAGAUUUGUUGUGUUGAUGUAAUACGCCCCUGCAUUUGAAAAUAACAUUUCUUUUUGCCAAACCAUUUACAGUGAUCCAACUAAAUUUGUUACUUAAAUGCUGGGUAGCGGGGAUGACUAACUUGUGUGCCUUCAGAUGAUGAUGAACUCACAUCAGCCCCCGUCAGCCAUGGCCAGCAAUCAGAAAUGAUGGAACUUGUAGUCCAGCAGCAUUUGGCGGGCCAAAUGUUAAUCUGCCCCUGCAUUACACCAAUAGCUGCCCAGAAUGUAACCCGUGUAAAGCCUCAUGAAGUGACUGUAUUAGCUAGUGAAAAACUAAUGCAGCACAAAAAUAAAUGUUGCAGCGGGUUUGGAAGUGUGUAUUACAUGUCUGAAUUUCACCCCUUAGGUUUUCCAAGACCAUCUCUUCCACCUAUUACUAGUAAAAGGCAAUAUGAAGACGAUGAAGAUGAAUACGAUUCUGAAAUGGAGGACUUCAUAGAUGAUGAAGGAGAGUCCCAGGAAGAAAUCUCUAGACAUAUUAAAGAGAUAUUUGGCUAUGAUCGGGCUAGGUGAGGAAAAAAAAAAUUGUAUCAUUUUAUACCAUUGUGUAGUUAUGACAGUCUCUAUAACAUUCAUGUAAGGUGCAUAAAUAAAGUUUUCCCCGAUACAGUUUCAUAAUUUAGUCUGCUUGAGUACUUUUGAAAUUAAUCAGGAGCUCCUUAAGAAAACAGAGUUUGAGCUAAAGUUCUCAGUGGUUUCUGUCAACUAUAAUCGAGGAUAAAAAAUAUGAAUGUGCAUGUACUCAAAAAAUGCAAGAAAGGGGCUGAUAUACUACAAUAUGCAGCCUAUUCAUUUACUAGUAUUUGCCAAAGCAUAUGAUUACUGAGACUAAUGGUCCCUACCCCUGCACUGAAAGGAACUGACUUGGUCCAGCCAUAUACCAUAAUUAUAAGGUUACUUGAAACAUAUUUCUGUUUUAUUUAAAUGCAUAUACAAUUCUGGUUCUGAAACACAUGCAUUUAUGUAUUAUAGCAAAAGUGAACAUAUUGCAUUUCAUUUUGCCUAUUACUCUCAGAUAUAAAGACGAAAGUGAUUAUGCCUUACGUUACAUGGAAAGCAGCUGGAAGGAGCAACAGAAGGAGGAAGCCAAAAGGUAAGCAGAGUUGAAUCUAUCCACUUCACUCUCCCAGAUUUUGGUCAUUCAUCAAAAAGAAACAGUUCCAUGAAUGUGAUUCCAAAUAAUGAUGAGUUUGGAAUCAUUGUGAGCCAUGGCAAGCAAUGUGAGCAAAAUGGCUGAAGUCUCUGUGAUGUGACCUCAAGUGAAGGGGAGGUUUUUUUGGGAAAUGAUUCAAAGUCAGCCAUGAAUAUAUUGGCAUACUGUGGAGAUCUGCACGUUUUCAUCACAGUGCUGUUAACCUGAAACCAAAAGCCCUCCAUAAAUUUGAAAUAAGUGAGGACAAUGUGACCAACUUGGUGGAGAGAUCAACUGGGAUAAUAUUCCUGAUGGAUUCUUACCCAUCUUUGUUAGUGUAUAGAGCCUCAGCAUCCAUGCUUGCUUGAAUGAUUGUCCCUGGGAAGACUGUCAAAGACUGUAGCUUCCUCAGAAAGUCAGUGAUCUCCUGAAAACAAUUUUAAAUAUUGGGCCCAAAUGGAGACAAUGAUUUUUGUCCCAUUACAAAUGUUCUACUCAGUGAAGCUAAGAUGAUUAUAUGGACCAAUUCCUGCUAUUUUGUGUUUUUGCGUACUUAUUUAGCAUAUAUUGAAGCUAAGACUGUAAUUCUUGUAUUUCAUUGCAAUACUUAAUACAUUUUUUACCUAACCAGCUCUGUCGGCAGAAGCCCUGCACAAGGACCUCUGCUUGUGCAACAGUGCUUUCCCCUGCCUCUCCCCACAGGCCUCUCAAAAUUGGCUCUGGGGAAGGGUCAGAAGAAUCCCUAGAACAGAAUGGGGGGUAUUGUUCCAUCUGGCAAGCUGGGAUGCUUGCACAGGCAAAAUGAUUGGAAGAAUGGAACAUCUAAUUCAAACAGGUCUUUAAGCUGCAAAACAGUCCAUGGCAGGGGUUGCCAACCUGGCACUAAUUGGCUUUUAUUAGGUGCCCCUGGGAAAACCACCGCCCCCACUCUGAGUUUUCAUUUAAAAUAAGCAAAUGUCUAGCUCUCCUAAAAUGAAAGUUAUUGGGCAAAAUGUACAGGUACCUUUUCUGUGGGGGGAGUGUGAUGUGGCCACCUUGUAUAUUUUUCCGAGUACAGAGGAAUGCCCUCUGUUGUUAUUGCAUAGCAAUUCUGUGUGUAUUGCGUGGUCUCCACAAUCGGCUGGCUCCCCAUAGUGAGCAUAAGAUUGUCAGGGUUAAGUUUUCUCUCUAAUUUUGUGUUACACCACACUGUCCAUGUGCACUAUUUUGUGACUAGUGCCCUCAGGACUUUCCUGAAAUUUGUAAAAUGCCCACUGCUCCAAAAAGUUUGGUCGUCCCUGUUCUGUGGUUUCGCUGCAACAAGCUUACAUGCCUAAACCUCCGGAAGUGUACUGUACAAAAACAGAAUAUAAACGCAAUCAGUUUGGUUUCCUGUCUGGUCAUAUAUAGGAUUGUCUGGAGGUAUUAUUGAUCCUUGUAGCAUCUUCAAAGCAACAUGUGAAUACAAAUUUCAGCUGCUCUAACUCUCUAUAUUUAUACUCUUAAUUGGGGGAUAUCAUUAUUGUUCAGGCCAAUUGCAGCAGCAAUUACAAUUAGCCAGCCUUUCUUUAUAUAGCAUGUUUUUAGUAUUGGGUAGGCUUGUAACCUUGUGCCGUCUCAAUAUGUUAUGGGAGCCAUUUAUUUUUAUUUUUCUAUUCCCAGUCUAAUUGUAGCAUAUUCCAGUGCUGUUGCAUCCCUGGAAAUGUAAGGCAGUUUCUAAUAUGGCUUCUCUAGGGGAUAUCCUAAACCUAGCUAAGAUUUCUGCAAGCUGUCUAGUGAUGGGUAAUUGUAAGAGGGUUAUGUUGAUUUCCUCCUGGCUAGGGAUUUUUUGUGCUCCUACAUUUUGGGUUUAAUUAUCUUCAGAUUUUAGUGUAACUAAAUCUUUAUUCCGCAGCUUGAGGCUUGGAAUGCAGGAAGAUCUAGAAGAGCUAAGACGUGAAGAAGAGGAAUUGAAACGAAAGAAGCAGGCAAAGAAGCUGAGAACACGUUAAUCAAUUUGCCAUAGCUAUGGUUUUCUUGUUAUUCUUCCAUUUCUCCCCCCCGCCCCCAUUCUGCUGCUUGUUCCAAAUUUCAGCUUUAGUUUUACUUUGCAUAUGAAAGGGUAAAAACUUGAGUAGAAAAUGGAAAUAUAGAAAUAUGGUUCUUUAAUUUGACCCACAAAUUCAUAUUUUUAAUAUUUACCAAUGCUUCCUUUUUAUAAAAUAAAUGCACUAAUUGAGAAUAUAGACGGAAUUAAAGUGGAAAUGAAUGUUACUACUGCCUAAAUUAGUUCAAGGAUGCCAGCAGACUACUGACUGACUAUGCACUGGCUUGCAAAAUGUGGGCCCUCACACCAGUACGACAGCCUGCAUUCUUCAUUUUACUUUAAAAAGGAAUAAUGUUGUUUGUGUCCUGAGUCAAGAUUCUUAAAUUCUUCCCAUUCAGAUAAAGCACAGAUUAAAAAAUUGUCGCUGCUGUUCUUGAUGUUGAAAGCAAUAUUGACCUGUAUUGGAGAAGAUUAUUUGAAAAAGCAAUGUUAUCAUGAAAGGUCAUGAGCAUUGUCUUCAAAAACUAAUAGACUGAACCUAUCCCUAGAAGUAGCUGUUGUGGAAUAAACAGACAGCAGUGUCUGGCACGAAGAAAAGAAAACCGCAUCAUAUAUGCCAACAGAAAUCUCAUCCUGCCUCCCCUUGCAAAGCUAACUUGCUGGUUCUAGUAAUAUAAGGUUGUUUCUCUGGCUUCUUGAAUUCAGUAGAGUGGGGCCUUGGGAAACCCUGUAUCUAGUCCCAUGUGUUUGAAGUCUUCCUUGAGCUGAUAAGAGUCAGUCCACUGCCUGAUGUUUUCCUAUCCUGCUGUGCAGAAGAUAGAAUUGAGCUACUUCAUGUCAUUUAGAAAUUAUUUCAAUAAGAAAUGGGACCAAAUGAUGAGUUUGCCUUGUAGGUCUGGGAUUUCAUUGCCAAAAAUAAAAAUAAAAUUAUCUUGGGAAAUGCAAACUUACAUUUUAUAUAGAUAUAUAAUUUCUAUGACUUUGGCUUAACUACAUUUUAGGAAUAUUUUUAGAAUAUACCCCAUUUUUUUCAGUCUCCAUUUCUAGAUUAACUGCAUAUUGCAUAACAACCCCAAAGCCUGCUGGUAUAUAUUGCCAACUAGUUUAUUCCAGAAUAGACACCAAUUCAAUCUACAUCCGUCUCAUUGUAGGCAUCUUUAUAGUUAUUCUGAACAGUUGUUCAAUAAAGCAGCUGAAUAGAUUCCCCACAAAGAAACAAACUUUAUAGUUUGUCAAAAGGUCAUUUUUGUUAGUUUUUGAACGUUUGGUUACGCACCAAUUUAAAGCUACUACAAAAGUAACACAGUAAUUGAAUGUUACAAAAAGUUCUAGGUUUUCCCUCAUUUAAAAGAACUGUGCUUUGGGAUUUCAGUCAUGUUUCAUGUAUUUUAUUACUCUGGUGUCCAUGAUAUGCUGUCAAAUAAAUAAAAAAAAGAUUAUGCUUGCUAAAAAUUGCAUCGUUAGGCCAAUAAUGAAGAAUAUGAUAUUCUUCUAAAAGCUAAAACUAAGGUUGGACAGUGUAUCCUGAUUAGUGUUCUAGCGGAGAGGUAUUCUAGCAAAGAUUGGCUACAUUUUAAAGAAUAAUUGGAGGUGAAAUUGUAAUAAGUAACAGGAAUGAAUGAAUUCAGCCUUCAAAAUGGGAAGUGGAGUUUAAUCGGGAGAAUUAAUGUAAAGAAAAUAAAGAACCUUUGCUUAUAAAAUCCUUCAGCCACCCCUUUUUGUUGUUGGGUGGUGUUUGCUGAAAUGAAACUAUUGGACAGUUGCUACAGUUAGUAUGCAGCUGAACUGGAACUCUUAACUUAAAAGUUACUGUUAUCACUAGUGCUAUUUCCCCCCAUUUGUCUGUGUUACAUCUUGCUGUGAUUAAUAUAUACACACAUGAAUCUGGCAAAUGCACCCAUUUGUCUUUUUAAUUCGUUCAAGGCAAUGACUGUUGGAAACAUGACCAGGCUGCUGUUCAUUUUAUAAUUAUUCUAAUGUGAGGAUGUAUCUUAAUCAUCAGCCCAGGUACGGUCCUCAGCAAGCUGAAGAAUUUGUUGCACCAGAAAUCUGAACAGAAAUCUUCAUUAUUCACAUGCAUGUUUUAACCACGUCUUGUAAGUUCUGUUCAAGACUGUAUUCUGAAACAUUUCAGUGUUACUUGUCUUGUAGAAGAUAACAUCAUCAAUAUUGCCAAUCUUCUUUUAUCACUUUAGAACUUCCAAAAUAGAAACUUGCCCUGAACAUGAGAAUGAUCAUGCAUUCUAGAGAAUAAUUGUAUUCUCUUUUGAGAUGAUGAGCUGUUUAACAUGUCUGUUUGCAUUAUUUGUGUGUGGCAGGAAAAUGUUUUUCCCGUCAUUUUUCUUGGUUCUUCCCCUUAAAUAAACAUAUCAAUUAUUUAAUGGUUCAUUAAUCAGCUAGAAUAUUCAUUUCUUUCAAGGCAUAUACAACACUGAAGCAAAAGAAACAAAUUGAAUAUUUUCCUUUUGGAGGUGUCAGGCUUCUAUAGAGACGUCAUAGAUUGCAUUAGCAGAACUCUAAGUUGCUGAUUCUGUUCAGUGAAAGAUGUGCCUUUUUUUACAUACAUUAAUAUUUCCAGGAAUGUAGGAUGAAGAGUUAAUUCUGCUGUCAAAGAUGCUUUAUUGAUGCUUGAUCAUGUGAAAUAGCAUAGUUUUUUUAUAAAGUCCUUCCAGGUCUUGUAUUGCACAACUACAGUAGUUAGUAUUUAUUGAUAUUACUAAGUAAAACUGAAGGGCACUUUGUAUUUAAUUAAAACUUAAUUUUGCAAUUGCCUUAUAUGUAUUUUAUUAAGGCUGUACUUACACUUUUUACAGCAGUAUCUGACAGAGGCCAGGGCAGCAAGUUUCAUGGAAAAUCCUAGCAAACAACUCUGAUUUAUUCUUUAAUGGAGAACUCUUUCAAAAUGUAUAAAAUCUUAUUUUUUAUAAGCCCCUGAUUUUUAUCCAGCAUAACUAAUUUUUAUUUGGCUUUGGCUUUCUGUAAAUUUAAUUACCCCAAAGUGUAUUUCUACAUAUAUAGCAGGAGACCAAAACACUGGAAAGAAAAUACAGUCUUGAAGAGACUAGUAAAUUAAUUGUGAUGACUAUGUUGGAUUUCUAUUUAUUUUGUUGAGUCAGAGUACUACAAUCAAGUGUUAGCAUAUAACUGAGGAUGCUUCUAGAUUCCAUGUUCUGUUUUUUGUGAAGCUCAUUGUGUUUAACACAAUGUGACAAAUCAGGUAAAAACUGUUAACCUUAUUGUUUUUUUCUGGUGCUGUCAGAGUGUAUGCUUUUGCACAUUUGAAGUGCAGUCUGAAAGCAAAUUAUGUAUAUAAAAAAUUACAGACAUUAAAACAUUUUAUUGAAUUUUUCACUGGUUUGCAUUAAUUUGUAGGAGACUUUAAAAUACCGCGGUGUUCCUUCUACAGGACUCCUUGCAAAAUAUUCUUUGUUCCUUGAAGUUUGCUUAUUUCACUUUGUUAUUAAGUGUCUGAGCCAUGCAGAAGCGGCUGGAAUUUAUUAGAUCAUAUUACAGAGUAUCAAAAUAGCUGAGUUAUUAAAUAGCAGAUCAAAUAUUAAAAGUUUUAAUUG